UCUUCAAAGCUCAACAUGAGUAAUAAGGAGUAUAAAUUUUACCUACACAGCCUUCUGAGCCUCAGGCAGGAUGAAGACUCCUAUUUCCUUUCACAGAAUGAGAUGGAAGACAUCCUGGCUUUUACCAGGCAGUACUUUGACACUUCCAGAAGCCAGUGUAUGGAAACCAAAAUGCUGCAGAAAAAAUCUGGAAUCCUAAGCAGCGAUGGUGCUGAUGAAAAUACACUUCCUCAGUUGGCAGCGACAGUCAUUGCUUUGUCUCUCCAAGGUGUUUGUCUAGGGCAAAGAAGCUUGCCUUCCCCAGGCUAUUUAUUUAUUUAAUAUAUUUUCAGUUCCUUGAAUAGCACAAAUACUCUCCACUUAUCAGAACUAGACCAACUCCUCAACAUUCUCUGGACUAAAAGUACCUGUAUCAGAAAAGAUAAAAUCCAUCAACUUCAAAGGGAACAAAACAACCCAACAGUCCAUGAUUGGGACUACCCUCAUCUAUCUGUAUCCAUGGACCAAGAGUCAGAGGAUGCUCCAGCUUCCUGGGAUCAGACUUGCUUCUCUGCUGGGCAGUUGGUGGAGAUAUUUCUACAGAACAGGCUUUCCCCCAUUUCUAAGGAGGACUUCAAGCAAAUGAGUCCGGGAGUCAUCCAGCAGUUGCUCAGCUGUUCUUGCCAGCGGCCCCAAGACCAACAAGCACAGCUGUCACCCACCACUGUGCAGAAAUAUGGCUACAGCACAGUGGCCGUGAUGCUGCUGAUGCUGGGCUCCAAGCUAGGGACAAGUCUGAUCCUUUUCCACAGUGAGGAGAGCUAUGGGCUCAUUUUACAGCUGUUUGUGGGCCUGGCUGCGGGGACACUUUCUGGGGAUGUUCUUUUCCACCUCAUCCCUCAGAUUCUUGGUUUACGUAAGCAGGAAGCCUCAGAGCUGGGACAGUUCUAUGAAAACAAGGACCAUAUUUGGAAACUCUUGGGAUUAAUUGGAGGCAUCCAUGGAUUUUUCUUGAUAGAAAAAUGUUUUAUCUUUCUGGUAUCACCAAGUGCUGAGGGUGUGUCAUUGGUUAUUGGGCAUGUGGGACAUUCCCACCACCUUGCAUCCAAGCCUGAAUUAAGUGACCAGUCAGGCAGAGGCAAAUCUGCUUCCACUAUCCAGUUGAGAGGCCCAGAAGAUUCACAGGCAGCUGAAAUUCCUAUAGGCAGUAUGACUGCCCCCAACAGAAAAUGCAAAACCAUUAGCUUGUUAGCAGUAAUGAUCCUAGUUGGGGACAGCCUGCAUAAUUUUGCAGAUGGCCUAGUAAUAGGAGCGGCCUUCUCAUCUUCAUUGGAGUCGGGAGUGACCACAACAAUUGCUAUCUUGUGUCAUGAAAUUCCCCAUGAAAUGGGAGACUUUGCUGUGCUGUUAAGCUCUGGACUUCCUAUUAAUAUCUCCAUCUUGAAAUUUGUAAGUGCUCUAGCUGCCUUCAUAGGACUGUACAUUGGGCUCUCAGUCUCAACGGAUCCAUGUGUUCAAAACUGGAUCUUAACAGUCACUGCUGGGAUGUUCUUAUACUUAUCCUUGGUGGAAAUGCUUCCUGAAAUGACUCAUGUUCAAACACGGCGACCCUGGUUGAUGUUUCUCCUGCAGAACUUUGGACUGACCCUAGGUUGGCUUUCCCUCUUACUCUUGGCUAUAUAUGAACAAAAUAUUAAGAUUUAA